AAUCAGGUUACUCGAUAUUACUGUACUUUACUCGGCCCUACCGCCUCUUGCUCAGGUAGACGGAAGAACCCGCUGAAAAGUCAUCUCUUCAGGCCUGCAGUCACCUCACAUUAUCAUCAUGGCAAUGAACGGCUCAGCAGACAUCUUGAGCUCUGCAUACCUGGCUGUGGAGUAUGUUGAUGCAGCACUGCCAGAAAAUCCCCUCCAGCCCUCCCUGAAACACGCCUGGGACUACAUGCUGGACAACUACACCAAGUUUCAGAUUGCCACCUGGGGGUCUCUCAUUGUCCAUGAGUUCAUUUAUUUCCUGUUCUGCUUGCCUGGUUUCCUUUUCCAGUUCAUGCCCUUCAUGCAAAAAUACAAGAUUCAACAGGACAAACCAGAGACAUGGGAGAAACAGUGGAGAUGUUUCAAGAUGCUGCUGUUUAACCACUUUUGCAUCCAGCUACCUUUGAUCUGUGGGACAUACUACUUCACUGAGUUCUUUAACAUCCCUUACGACUGGGACUCCAUGCCACGCUGGCCGUAUGUCCUGGCUCAGUGUUUUGGCUGCGCUGUCGUUGAAGAUGCCUGGCACUACUUCCUCCAUCGUCUGCUGCAUCACCGCAGAAUCUACAAAUACAUCCACAAAGUCCACCAUGAGUUCACUUCUCCGUUCGGCAUGCAGGCAGAAUAUGCUCAUCCUGCAGAGACUCUUAUCCUGGGAGCGGGUUUCUUCAUUGGCAUCAUGAUCUUCUGCAACCAUGUGUUCUUCCUGUGGGCCUGGGUGUCCUUCCGCCUGCUGGAGACCAUUGAUGUCCACAGUGGCUAUGACAUCCCUCUAAACCCACUGCACCUGAUCCCGUUCUACGCGGGAACCCGUUUCCACGACUUCCACCACAUGAACUUUACAGGGAACUAUGCCUCUACCUUCACCUGGUGGGACAAGCUGCUGAAGACAGACGGCCAGUUCAACAAGUACAUGCAGAAACAGGGAGACAAGAAGGAGCAGUAAAGGUCCUCAAUGCUUCGGUUCAUCUGUUGAUACACUCACAACUGGUCUGCGUGGAGGAAGAAGGGGGCAGCAGAACAGACACAAUGAGCACACACAAACUCUGAUGAUUUUGGGACAUACAGUUAACAAACACUACAGGUGUACUUGAAAGCAAUCAGACUGACUCUGGUUUGAUUCUGAAUCAAACUGUUUGUUGGUUUCAGUGUGUCAUCUGUGCCUCUCUGCAAAAAGAUAGUACUGUUGUCCUCUUCUGCCAACAGCUGUUGACUGAAUAAAAGCAUCAACAUCCUCAUUUUGAGUUUUUGCUUUGUCUGGUCAAUGAGGGGAAAAGGCUGUACCAUAAAACUCUCUCGUGAAAUGCUUCCACUUACCUCUGAAUGUCUUAGCACUAUAGCACUUCCUCUUUAAUGAAACUGAGUCAUUGUGACUUUGUGUUGUUGCUGCAGUUCUGAGGAAACUGUUGAAUUUUCAUAAUAAAAAGGGUUCGGCUCAUAUGGCACUUUUUUGUCUAAGACUGUUAAAAAUAAUAAAAAGCUGUUGAUUUAACAAAAUAAA